AUAGAUUUUUCAUGAACAAAAUGAGAUGCUAACUCUGUUUGCAGCUUGGUACUAUUAAGGAUAGGACAUGAUUCCAUCCCACCCCCUUGGACAAGAGUUUUAGGGAAGUUUAUGGAACGGCUUAGGAAUUUGGCAAGGGACUCAGGGGGUCAGGUGACAUUUAUCAACGUCUCCCAAGAGAGGAGAGACUGUCUUUAAAGAGACAAGGAGAUCCCCUCAAGAAGAAGUUUGUGCCUGAACCCAGGGAGAGGGUGACACAGACAGUCAUGCCUGAACCAGCAAAACCGGGAAUUAAAAAAGGGGUUGCAAAACCAGCAGCAAAACCAAAAGAAGCCGCAAAGCCAGCCCCUGAAGAAGAAGCAAAACCAGAGACCAGUGAGGAAGGAUUGCCACCAGAUGAUACAAACCCUGAAGAGCGUCCACCCCCCGAACUUAUUGGGUUAUUUAUUGAGAAGCCUUCAAAUGUAACUGUGGAAACUGGAAGAGACAUCUUUCUAAAUGUUAGUGUAGAUGCCAGUGCACUCUCUGUGAAACCUGCCGUUAAAUGGUUCAAAGGGAAAUGGCUGGAACUGGGCAGCAAAAGUGGAACAAGAUACCAGUUCAAAGAAACUUUUGAUAAGGAAAAAAAGGUAUAUAACUUCGAAUUAAAGAUCAUAAAAUCAGCAUUGGCUGAUGCCGGUGGCUACAGAUGUGAAGUAACUUCCAAAGAGAAAUGUGAUAGCUGCACCUUCACAAUCGAUGUAGAAGCUGUAAGAGAUGAAGGGAACAUCCUACAAGCUUUCAAAAGAACAGGCGAUGGCAAAAAAGAUGACACCGCUGGGGAGCUUGAUUUUAGUGGUUUGCUUAAAAAAAGAGUGGAAGAAAAGAAAAAAGAGGAAAAGAAGAAGGACAGUGAUGACCCCAUGGACUUGAUUCCCCCAGAUGUCUGGGAGAUGUUGAAGACAGCUAAGUCUAGUGAAUAUGAGAGAAUUGCCUUUCAAUAUGGUGUUACUGACCUCCGAGGCAUGCUUAAACGGCUUAAGAGAACAAAGGUGGAGAUCAAAAAGAGUCAAGCCUUUGCAAAGAAAUUAGAGCCCUGCUACUCUGUAGACAAAGGCAAUAAAAUUAAAAUGCAAGUGGAGUUGGCGGACCCUAAUGUUCAAGUGAAGUGGUUUAAGAACGGUCAAGCAAUCCGACCCAGCGCUAAAUAUGUAUUUGAAAAUGUUGGAUUGAGAAGGAUAUUAACAAUCAACAAGUGCAACUUGGCAGAUGAUGCAGCAUAUGAGUGUGUUAUUGGAGAUGAGAGAAGCCAAACCGAACUCUUUGUGAAAGAGCCUCCUGUAGUGAUUAACAAGCCUCUGGAGGAUCAUCAGGCCUUUGUGGGUGAAAAAGUGGAACUAGAGGUCGAGGUUUCUGAAGAGGGAGCGCAAGUUAUGUGGAUGAAAGAUGGAGUUGAGCUAACGCGGGAGGAGACAUUCAAAUAUCGUUUUAAGAAAGAUGGGAAAAAACACAUUCUGAUCAUCAACGAGGCCACAAAAGAAGAUGCUGGACGCUACCAAGUGAUGACCAAUGGUGGGAAGUGCGAGGCUGAUCUUGAAGUGGAAGAUAAACAACUAGAAGUGUUGCAAGGUAUUGCUGAUCUGACAGUUAAGGCAGCCGAACAAGCUGUCUUUAAGUGUGAAGUGUCUGAUGACAAAGUAACGGGCAAGUGGCUGAAAAAUGGAGUGGAGAUCAAACCUAGCAAACGUAUCUCAAUGACACACAAGGGCAGGAUUCACAAGUUAGUGAUUGAUGAUGUCCGACCAGAAGAUGAAGCAGAUUACACAUUUGUACCCGAUGGAUAUGCAUUGACUCUUUCCGCCAAACUCAACUUCCUUGAGAUCAAAAUUGACUAUGUUCCACGCCAAGAACCACCAAAGAUCCAUCUUGACUGCAGUGGCAAAGAACAUGUCAAUACAAUUGUUGUAGUGGCUGGAAACAAGUUACGUUUUGAUGUCCCGAUCACUGGAGAGCCAGCACCAACUGUUGCCUGGUUUAAGGGCGAUACGGAAUUCAGUGACUUGGAAGGACGUGUCCGCAUAGAACUGAGAACAGAGCUAAGCAGUUUUGUUAUUGAAGGAGCAGAGAGAGCGGACGAAGGACAAUAUACUAUUGUGGUGACCAAUCCAGUUGGAGAAGACAAGGCCGUCUUGGUUAUUAAAGUUGUAGAUGUUCCUGAUCCUCCUGACAAUGUUCGCAUCACCGGUGUUGGUGAGGAUUGGGCCGAUGUCGUUUGGGACAAGCCAUUGUAUGACGGUGGUGAGGCAAUAACAGGUUACCUCAUAGAAAGGAAAAAGAAGGGCAGUCAGCGUUGGAUGAAGAUGAACUUUGAAGUCUUCACAGAAACUGCAUACCAGUCAACAAAGAUGAUUGAGGGUAUCAUGUAUGAAAUAAGAGUUUUUGCUGUCAAUGCCAUUGGAAUUUCUCAACAAGCCAAUACCUCAAAGCCAUUCAUGCCUAUUGCACCUACUAGUGAACCUCUGCACCUUACAGUUGAAGAUGUAACAGACACUACAUGCACACUAAAGUGGAGGGCACCUGAUCGUAUUGGUGCAGGAGGAAUUGACGGAUACCUAAUUGAAUACUGCAGAGAAGGGUCUGAUGAAUGGGUUGAAGCCAAUACAGAGCUGGUAGAAAGAUGUGGUUAUACUGUAAAAGGACUUCCCACUGGAGAAAAAAUCUCAUUCCGCGUACGUUCUGUUAAUAUUGCCGGGAAGAGUGAGCCAGCCAUAUUGGCCCAGCCUGUGACCAUCCGAGAGAUUGUUCAACAACCCAAAAUCCGCUUGCCCCGGCAACUGAGGCAGACCUAUAUUAAAAAAGUUGGGGAACAAAUCAACCUACUUAUCCCCUUCCAGGGGAAACCUAGGCCUAUUGUCACAUGGACAAAAGAGGGACAGCCUUUGGACCCAAAACAGGUCAGCAUCAGAAUAUCUGAAUGUGACACCAUCCUCUUUAUACGAUCUGCAGAACGAUCUCACUCUGGAAAGUAUGAACUCUCCGUUAAAAUUGAAAAUAUGGAGGAUUGUGCAACAAUAAAUAUUCGUGUUGUGGAUAAGCCUGGCCCUCCCGUAGCAGUAGUAGUUAAAGAAGUCUGGGGCUUUAAUGCUCUAGUUGAAUGGGUACCUCCUAGAGACAAUGGCAACACAGAGAUCACAGGAUACACCAUUGAAAAAGCGGACAAGAAAACUAUGGAAUGGUUCAAUGUUUAUGAACACAAUCGGCAACCGCGCUGUACCAUUUCUGACCUUAUCAUGGGGAAUGAAUACUACUUCCGAGUGUACAGUGAGAACAUAUGUGGCCUCAGCGAGAAACCAACAGUUUCCAAGAAUACUGCUGUCAUCCAGAAAACAGGCUUAGUAUAUAAACCUCAGGACUACAGAGAACGUGAUGUCAACAUGGCCCCCAAGUUCCUCACCCCCCUUGUAGACCGUACCGUUGUGGCUGGGUACAGUACAGCUUUGAAUUGUGCUGUAAGAGGUUUUCCCAAGCCUAAAGUUAUCUGGAUGAAAAAUAAGAUGGAGAUCCGUGAUGACCCCAAAUUCUUAAUGAAACAUAAUCAAGGAGUUCUCACUUUGAAUAUUCGUAAACCAAGUCCCUUUGAUGGUGGAACUUACACCUGUAAGGCCAUCAAUGAGUUAGGAGAAGCGGAGGUGGUUUGCAAACUCGAAGUGAGAGUUCCCCAGUAAACACACAGCCCUGUUGAAUUGGAUGAAAUGUGACAAAUUUUGGACAAGUCGAGUCACUUGCUGGUUUCCAUCCAACAUCAUAGAAGCAAACAAAACAAAGGAAACCUGUCUCUUGCUUGUUUUUUGUUUUGCCCCUUGUGCUAUAUCUCCUCCUGUUUUAUUUUGUUUAUAUUUAGUCUCAGACACACAAGCAUUAAAUGUAACACUAUUACUCGUUAUUGUAAGAACAAAGCGCUGAUGUGAUCAUGCUACCCGUUACUCAUAUGUAUUUACUAAACAUCUCCAAUUGGAAACACGUUUCAUGUACCUUUAUAAUACUGUAUCAUGAUGUGUUGGUAAACGCUAGUUGUUUUUUUGGGGUGGGGGGGUUUCUAACCCAUUCAGAGACAAGGGCAUAUGCCGUAGUACAAAGCAAUGUCACCCACGUCUCUGAGUGCCACAUGAUAACAAAUUAAUAUAGAGGCUCCCUGAUGCACAAGUGCUUGAAAAUGAUACAAGCAUACACAUUCAAUCCCAUUGCCUUAAUUCUAAUAUGUUUUCACGCCCCCACCCCCCCUCCAAAGAAUGUGAUUGAUUGUGCACUGCUUGCAAUGGGUUAAUCUUAUAUCCCACAUUUGCAUACUCUUGCAAAGCCAAUUAUUUAUUGUGAUACAUAUAGUUGCAGACCCAAGAGUGUUAAGCUAUUGUUUUGUUUUGUCCAGAAUUAAAUGAGAUAUAGUAAAUUAUUUGAGUUGCUAAUCAAUACACCUGCUGAUGUCUUCAUCUCACUCCUGUGUACGUCCUGUGUUUCUUUGGGAAGUAAACAAACUAACCACAUUAAAGCACACUUCUUUUCCCCAAAUUUCACAGAAGAUUGGUGGGGUCACAUUGCGAUCAGAUGAUGAUAGCAAAUAAUAUAACACCCUUCCAAAAUGCAUAACAAUUGAAGCAUUGUGAGCAUAUAUUGCAUGACAUUUUAUAUUAUAUCAGCUCCCAAAGAACAGAGCAAAUCCUGCUCACCAGUUGUGAGCCAUUAUGUGGAACACCACAUUCAAUUUGAUAAUACAGUUCACUUAGCACAGCAGUAACUGCAUAUUUACUUUGACACACCUCUCAAGUGUCCCUAUUUAAGAGAUACAGUCCCUAUUUUGGUCCCAAAACCCUCCUCCCCUCUUUUCUAUUCGAAUAGUAUCCCUUUUCUAGGAGUUCCAUAUUGCUGGUGUGUCUAGGUGUAUAACAGAGCCCCACGGCACAAAUACUCACAAUAAUGUAUCUUUAAACUACAAUAAAUGUGUUUAGGAAUCAUCUUGUGUAAGUAAGAUACAUUGUCAUUGUUCUAAAUUACAUUUUAGUUCCAUAAAUUAUCAGUAAAUCACCUAAAUCACCUGGCACACACCCCCACUGACCAUUAAACGGUACCUCUUUGUCCGUUACAAAUUUUGGGAAAUGUAGCCAAAAGGAAUUUGAUGGCCAAGACUUCAAAUUCUACAUUGUGAUCAGUAGCCUACAGAACCACUCCCGAUGUCAACGCUGCUAGUGGUACUGCCAGAAACGGUGUAAUAUUCAAUUUAUUCAGUAGAUAGAGCACUGUAACUAUAUGGCAGACAUGUACUUCCUCUUUAUAAUAAAUACAAGGACUGUUGUGAUAUUAUAAGAAAUAGAUUUCAGGAAUUAUUUGAGACCUCUGGAAACUGGAUUAGAAUGGUGAGAGUUAUAGUCAAACAGCCAUGGUGGCUCAGGUUGAUGAAUGGGUCCUGCAAGUGUAGAGGCUUUAAACACGCACCUACACUACAUUAUAGGAUAUGCUGAUGACAGCAAGCCAGGUCUAGUUAAGUAAAGUGUAUAUUAUACAUACACUGGCUUAAAUAGCAUUACAUAUCUAGACAAACUUAGCCGAGUUCACUUGAAAGUGAGCUAAUUGAAUUAUAAAUUGAACCCAGUGUGUUUGCUUUUCUGGAAAGUGAAGAAUAAAAUACGUUUUGAUUAUGUUAACAGAUGGGAUUUCAAGAUGGUUGAUGAAGUGGCCAUUUUACAUUAUAAUAGUGCCACACCAGCAAAAAAAUAAAUAAAAUAAAAAAUAUAUAUAUAUAUACAUACACACACACACACAGUUACUAGCAGAGGAACACCAAGCAUCACUUACACUUAAAAUUUUUGUUUGUUUAAUAGAUCUUUGAAUCAAAAUUACAUUUUUAUUAAAGUUUAUAUUUUUAGUGUACUUGGAAUAGAAAUGAUAUAUUGAGGGUUAUGCAUAAAUGUUUUUUUUGUUCUGAAAAAUGGGGCAAGCGUGGAAAAAGGGCGGAGUAACCAAUGCAAAAUGGCUGCAGGUUCCACUGGUUUCCAUGGUGACUAACUCACUUAUACAACUAUAAACAACUUUUCAGAACACAAUACUUUUUGUACAUAUCCUCCCAUAGUACCUGGCCCCAGCCUGUUUCUGUGACUCCAGAGCCCGACUAACAAGAUUAUAUGCCGUAAGAAUUUAUAUAUUGUCACUUUUAAGCUAAAGUCUUCAUAGAGAUCACUUUUUGCAUCAAGAGGUUCUUUUAUUUUCACUAUUUAGUGGAGCUAUAAUAUAGUUUGUGAUGCAGGUGCUGUUUAACCUGAUUACUCAUUGUUAGAGUAUUUGCUCUCCAAAACUCCCUAAAACCACUAAAAUCUUCAUUAAACAUCUCAUAUCCCGGAGAAGCUAAUCUCACUGCCAGCGUGAUUCAAAGCACAAUUAAUUGGCGUUUUUCUCUCCACGGUCAUAUUACGCAUUGGUAUUGUAUGCUGUACUGUUAUCACAGGUAUGUCUGUCAAUAAAAGUUCAUACAGACCCCA